UCGUUUUUCGCUGGCUGAGGCCGAGGCCCCCCGACAGAGAGCGUCUUAAUCCCACGUGUGUGUGUGUGCGCGUUUGUACGUGUGUCUGUUCGCGGAGGAAGUAGAAAAACCCGUUUUUUUUUAUUUCGUACUGCCGGAUUCGGAUUUCGUCGGGGAACCGGAAUCUGCGGUGACGUGCAGCAGCAGCAAGGCAAAAGCUGAGUGUGAAAUAAGGCAGCACAAUCUGUGAAGGAGUUUGGAGAAAAGCCACGCAAGAAAUAGUGAAAAAAAAAAAGAGUUUGAAAAGGAAGAUUCCCUUCCUGAUUUGGGAGCGAGCGGAACCUGUUCCGAAGAGUGGUCAACUAAAGAAGAAUCUGCACAAGAGGAAGAGUUCGAGAAUUGCGGCUGGCCCCAACACGGCAUGGAUAUGUUCGAGAAGGGGAGCAUAGUCAACAUCAAACGGAGCGAUGGUCGGGUACAUUCCGCGAUGGUGUCCCGGAUCCACGAGGCGUCACGCUCGGUCACCGUCGAGUGGUACGAGCGUGGCGAAACCAAGGGCAAGGAGGUCGAGCUGGACAUGCUGCUGGAGCUGAACAAGCCGGAGCUGCUCGGCGUCGGGGACGGCGGGCCCAACAGUGACUCGACGCUGGUGCCCCAGCUGCACAAGAAGGACCACAUCACGCCGGCACCGACGAACCUCGCCAGGGAAUCCUCACAGUCCUCCGCCGAGGACGAUGGCUUCCUAGAGGACCAGGAAGAUCCCACCCAGCAACUGCUGCUGCACAACAACGGCGUCAACAACAACAAUGGCUCGAGUACCAAUGGAACCAGCAGCAACGGAACGACCACGAUCGGAAUCGGAGGCGGUGGCGGCGGAACUAUGCCCAUCAGCAGGUCCACGAAUGCGGCAACGAAAACGAACGCCACACAAGGUGCAAUCAGCAGGCUCAACAUGGUAAAUGGAGCGGCCCGAACAGCGCGGACCUCGUUGGCCCCGAGCUACAACGGCCAGUCGUCGGACCAGUCAGAGAACAUUCCCCCGCAGAAGGCUAAACAGGCAAAGGCACAACCCAUCACCAGGAUGUCGAUGACGGCGGCGGUCCCGGCGACGGCGCCCGCCCCCUCCCAGAUCGCGCAACCGGUCAACUCGGUGGCGGCGGCGGCCCUCGGCCAGGCCGGUUCGAACCCGCGUCGGUCGUACGUCGUGAAGGAGGUGGAACGGCUCAAGGAGAACCGGGAGAAGCGGCGCGCCAAGCAAGCGGUCAUCCGCGAGGAGAAGAACGCCCUCAUGAACAUGGACCCGGGCAAUCCGAACUGGGAGCUGUCGGCGAUGAUCCGCGAGUACCAGAGCCAGAUCGACUUCCGGCCGCUGCUGGACGGGCAGGCCAUCGAGGACCACCAGAUUACGGUGUGCGUGCGCAAGCGGCCGCUCAGCAGGAAGGAGGUCAUGCGGAAGGAGCUGGACGUGAUCUGCGUGCCGACCAAGGACACGCUGAUCGUGCACGAGCCCAAAACGAAGGUGGACUUGACCAAGUUCCUGGAGAACCACAACUUCCGGUUCGACUACGCGUUCGACGACAGCUGCGGCAACGAGCUCGUCUACAAGUACACGGCCAAACCGCUGGUGCAGACGAUCUUCGAGGGUGGGAUGGCGACGUGCUUCGCGUACGGCCAGACCGGGUCCGGCAAGACGCACACGAUGGGCGGUGACUUCAACGGCAAGGUGCAGGACUGCAAGAACGGAAUCUACGCGAUGGCCGCCAAGGACGUGUUUGCGUAUCUGCACAGCGCCAAGUACAACCACCUGCAGCUGGUCGUGUCGGCGAGCUUCUUCGAGAUCUACAGCGGAAAGGUAUUCGAUCUCCUCUCGGACAAGCAGAAGCUGCGCGUCCUCGAGGACGGCAAGCAGCAGGUACAGGUCGUCGGACUGACGGAGAAGGUCGUGGACUCGGUCGAGGAGGUGCUGGGCAUCAUCAACCACGGCAACAGUACGCGCACGUCCGGCCAGACCUCCGCCAACGCCAACUCGUCCCGGUCACACGCCGUCUUUCAGAUCGUGGUGCGGCCCAAGGGCUCGACCAAGAUCCACGGCAAGUUCUCGUUCAUCGAUCUGGCCGGUAACGAGCGGGGCGCGGACACGUCCUCCGCGAACCGCCAAACCCGGAUGGAGGGCGCCGAAAUCAACAAGUCACUGCUCGCGCUCAAGGAGUGCAUCCGGGCGCUCGGCAAGCAGAACGCCCAUCUGCCGUUCCGCGUCAGCAAGCUCACCCAGGUCCUGCGGGACUCGUUCAUCGGCGAGAAGAGCAAGACCUGCAUGAUUGCGAUGAUCUCGCCCGGGCUGAGCUCGUGCGAGCACACGCUCAACACGCUGCGGUACGCGAACCGCGUCAAGGAACUGGUGGCCAUUGAUCCGUCGGAGCGGUCGGACGACGUCGAACCGAUGGAGAGCGACGAGCCCAAGAACGGCGGCGGCGGCGGCCUCAACGAGAACGAUCUGGCGCAGCUGCGGUCGCUGAACGAACACGACAUGUCGGUGGAGUUGUACAACCAGCACGCGGCCAUCUCGGACCUGCAGCAGACGGAGGAGGAGGUCGUUGACCACCACCAGAAGGUGAACGAGUUCCUGAUGAAGUUCCUGCCCGAGUCGCGCGAGCUCUACAAGCAGACCAACUUUGUCGACUACGACCAGGAUGCAUACUGCAAGCGCGGCGAGGAGCUGUUCACUCAGCUGGCGGAGAUUGCGACCACCUGCAAGGACCUGAUGUCGGAGUUCCGGGCCAAGCUCGCCAAGGAGGAGAUGCUGUCGCACAAAAUCAACCCCGAGCGAAAGUAUAAAUAAGAGCGAUAGGGAGAGCGAGCGAGCGAGGUUAGUUGUGUUUGUGUUUGGAAAAAAUGAGAGAGUGAGAGCGAGAGCGAUCCUCUCUGAUGAGAAUACGAAAGUUUAUUUGAAGACACAGAACUCACUCACACAUAUAAAUUGGCGAGAGAGAGCGAAAAAUUGCAAAGAGAAGGAUAUUUAUUUAUUUAACUGCGCUUUAUAUCUCCAGACUCUGUUUCUUUUUAGAUUGUUUUGGUUUUGUUUACCCACUAAUGCGUCACACGUACCAACCUUAAAAAAAACUCACUCACACACUCUUAAAAAAAUCGCGUCUGUUGAGAGCGUGUAGUUGUAUCUUUAACGAUAUUAACUCAUUAAACUAUGUAUAAUUUUACCGUAAUAUAGAUAGUGUACAGCUGAUCUGCCGAAGCGAAGACCGAUUCCCUCUAAACAUUCUGAGUUCAGAGUUCAUUCCUUGUUUGUGUGAAUCUUGUCCGAGUUGAGUGAGAGAGCCAAAUCGAAUAAAAAAAAGUCAGAGAGCGACCAACUUGUACUAACUGUGUUAAGACGAAAACUAUUUUAUCUCUCUACUAGUUUGAUGCAAAAAAAAAAAAGAAAUUUGUCAUUAAUUUUGCAUCGACACCCCUUCGUUUAAUUUUAACGCAGUUAAUUUAAAAAGAGAAAAAAGUGGUUUAUUCUCAGGCUCAGCAUUUUUUCCUCCCCGGAGAUAGAGAGCAGUGGAAAGACUCUCUCCGCCAGAGUUGCUUUUUUGUACUUUUCUCUAUGUCGCUCUCAUUCUUUUUGCAGCGCAAGUUGUUAUUCCACUACGUAGGUAAAUUUAAGAAUUUUGGAAUUUAAGAAUUUUAGAAUUUUAGAAUUUUAGAAUUUUAGAAUUUUAGAAUUUUAGAAUUUUAGAAUUUUAGAAUUUUAGAAUUUUAGAAUUUUAGAAUUUUAGAAUUUUAGAAUUUUAGAAUUUUAGAAUUUUAGAAUUUUAGAAUUUUAGAAUUUUAGAAUUUUAGAAUUUUAGAAUUUUAGAAUUUUAGAAUUUUAGGAAUUUUAGAAUUUUAGAAUUUUAGAAUAACUUUCUUUUCUUUUGGAGGCAACGCGAAAGCUUGCCGUAGUGGAAUACCACCUUAAGAGUAAAACAAAAGUUCAAAAAUGCAAUUCUGUCGGAGAGAGACAAAAAAUAAACGUACGGGAAUUGCUUGAAAUUAUUUGAAAACUUCUCACUAAUGUUAACUAAUGGAAGCCAUCCUUUGAACAAAAAAAAACUCUUAGAAGGUUUUGCGAGUAGUUUGUAAAAUAAGCUUACACCAAGAAGAAGAAGAAGCCGAUGAAGAAGACUGUGUGCGUUUUUGCUGCAAACAAAAGUGGUGCAAACACAGUUGAUGAAAAAAAAGUGGAGUUUUGUACACAAACUGAGUGAGUAAGGAAAGAACGGAAAAGCAUGCAAAAAGUAUAUACAGAAAGUUAAAACAUAAAAUUAAUGACUACUAUUCUCUAAUAAUUGAAAAAAAAGAAAGAACAAAAGAGAGAGAGAAAGAAAACGAGUGUAGAUAGGAAAACUGGGCUUAAAAAGUAAAAAACAAAAUGGCAAACAAAAGACGAAACUAAACAAGCAAACAAACAAACUAGAGACAGGUGAAAACAUUAACCAACUAUAUAUCUUAUGCAUAUAUCAAAUUAGAGUGCUAAUAUGUUGACGUGACCAAGUUUGCGAGUCUGAGUGUGAGAACAGAUCACGAAAGAAUGAGAAAGAGCCAGAAAAUUGCAGAUUUUUUUAAAAACGUAAAUGUGUCUUUUGGAGUGAAGUGCAAAAAACGAAAAGCUUGACAGUGGCGUCCAGUUUGAUUUGCGCGUUAGUUAUUUACGUUUACGUUUUUUGGCAACACAAGAAAAAAAAUGGAAACAAAAGCACACAGAUAACGGAUAAGCAAACAAAUAAAAAUAAAUAAUACAAACACAACAAACUCACAAACAAACAAAAGAAAUCUAGCCCCCGAGCGCGCGUUGCGCGCUCAUUGUUGAACAGAAGUUAUAGCAGAACACAAACAGACAGGUACACUCACACAGAAGAGUACAGUUUCUCACAGUUAUUAAAACCUAAACGAAAACAAGAGUAUGGUAAUUAUAAAAUUAACCGCUUUGAUUUUUCUAUUUACGAAUACAAUGUUUUUUUUUUUACUUAUCUCAAAAUGAUAACAAUCAAAAUUAACGAAGAAACUCGAAUCGCUUGACCAAAAUGCG